CCAUAGUUAACAUACUAAACAGAGAACAAAAUGAGCAACAUCUGGGCUGUCUUUUUAAUAGCCGCCUACUUUACGGUGCCCCUGGCUGCUAUGUUUUCCCGGAGAUACGUCAGAGACUUGGACUUUGACGAUAAAAAGUCAGAACAUGAACUUCUAGGAGAGUAUGCUAUAACAUUCAAAGACUGUGCAGAGAAAUGUAGGAGAGAUUGUAGGGUGUUAGGGUACAAUGAAAGAUUGAAAAUGUGCCGGCUUCACAGAAAUCUCAACUUGUCGACAACAUCAGAGGAGGAAGGCUGGAAAUAUUUCUUUCAUGAUUUUCUCGCCACAGACUGCCAGGAUAUUCUUGAUAAAGGUCAUUAUAACAGCGGUGUGUACGACAUCUACCCUUAUGGGAUCAGUUCUAUUCCAGUCAAGGUGUUUUGUGACAUGGAUACAAUGGGAGGAGGAUGGACGGCAAUUCAAAAACGAAUAAAUGGAUCUGUGACCUUUGACAGGAACUGGACAGAAUAUAAAAAUGGGUUUGGUUCACCGGAAGCAGAAGUCUGGAUUGGAAAUGACGUAAUCCACCAGUUGACAAAGGAACACACCUCCUCCCUGUAUGUCUCUGUCACUCUCCAGAAUGGUACAACGCUGUAUGAAAUGUACGACAGGUUCUCUGUCUCUGACGAAGCAGGAAAAUAUCAACUCUUUCUUGCAGGACCUGCAAGGGGAACCUUAGUGUAA